AAAAAAAAACUUCUGGCGGUGAAUUAACGUUAGAGUUAACGUUAAAGUUAUUUUUUAUGACAGGAAGUGGCCUGCUACGUUUAUUUCACAAGUUCAAACCGGAGCAAUGCGGUCAUAUCGUAACCCUACGGACUUUGCCUAAACUGUUAAUAAUUUAUAAAGGUUUCUCCAUUUUGGUGGAUUUGGGAUGUUUUAAAACAGCAGGUUGUUUAAAGUACAUUAGUAAGAAAACUCCGGUAUCCAAACAUGAAGGUCCUGAACAGAGACGAGCUGCAGGUCGCUGAAGGAGUUCUGCUCAAACACUUACCGAAGAGUUAUAAGGUGUACGGUUUCCUGUACGGAAUCAACAGGAACAAACCGACUACACUAGAAGUUGUGGUCGAUACGUGGCCUGAUUUUAAAGUUAUCAUCUGCAGACCGGACCCCGAGAACAAGCGUGACCUGAAUUUCAUGAAAAAGAUAGCAUACUACAGUACGGAUGAACAGAGUUUGAGGAAAAUGCUGACAGACGAGAAUGCAGUUGAUUGGAGCACUUAUUUCAUGAUAGGAGGGCUUGAUGUUUCCCAUGCACCAAUGCUUAAACAAGUGUCUUCUGACAGAAGAGUGAACCACAAAGUCUAUACUUUGGUGCAUCUUCUGUAUUUGCCAGACGCCAACCAUCUCCACAUGCCAGUGGUUGACAGUGAGCUUGAGUCGAGGAUUUCGUCUCUUAAUCUUUCCCACGUUGACUUGGUGAAUAAAACCUGGAAGUUUGGAGGAGACGAGAAGGGUUACAGGAAGAUUGAAAACCUAAUCAGUAACUUCCCAUCAUGCUGCAUCACAGACAGCCAGGGUCAGCCCGUGUCCUGGAUACUUGUGUAUGAUUACUGUGCUCUGGGAAUGUUGUAUACGCUGCCAGAGCACAGAGGGAAAGGAUACGCCAAAAUCGUGAUCAGCACUUUGGCCAAGAAACUCCAUGCUGAGGGUUACCCGGUGUUCUGCUACAUAGAAGAGGACAAUGUGCUGUCCUACAAGCUCUUUAAAAACAUGGGCUUCAUUGAGGAUCCUUCUUACAGGGCUGCAUGGUUGGAGUUCAAUUUUUCGGAUUAGAGUCAACAUCUUUUAUAUGUACGUCCAACAUUUGUAUCACGUUGCGCCUUCUUCAUUUAUAAAAAUAGUAUUCAAAUGAAUGCAACCCUCUUAUUUAUAAAAGUAUGAUCAUUUCUGGUCUGUUUCUUGGAGAAGACACUGUUUCCUUGGGGCUUGCUUUUGGUUCAAGCCAACUUCUCUGAAUUUCAUUUUGAUAUAUUUGUCAAAAUAUGGUGUGAAAUGUCCACUUUUCCCCUAUUUCAGAAUAGUAAAGAACCUUUCCACAACUUCCUGGAUCAACUCCAAAAGUAAUCUUAUCUAAAUAGGCUCAAUCCCCACUUUUGAUAACUUUUUGCCUAGAAACAAUCAAAUCAAUCACAUUACCUGCACAACAGAGACAAUGAUGUAAACUUUUGAUAACAUUAAAGCAUUUAAAGGAGAA